CUUAGUCACCACAGCAGUUGUCGCCGCCACCUCCGGGGAAGGCUGAGGUUGAAGCGCCAGGCGGCGGGUGGGAGCGCGUCGGAGCUGCCGCUGGCGGGUCAUGGGGAGCCUGAAGGAAGAGCUGCUCAAGCCCAUCUGGCACGCCUUCACCGCCCUCGACGUGGACAAGAGUGGCAAAGUUUCCAAAUCCCAGCUCAAGGUGCUUUCUCAUAACUUGUGUACCUUACUGAAUGUUCCGCAUGACCCAAUAGCCUUGGAAGAGCAUUUUAGGGAUGAUGAUGAAGGGCCUGUUUCCAAUCAGGGCUAUAUGCCGUAUUUAAACAGAUUCAUCUUGGAAAAGGUUCAAGGAAACUUUGAUAAAGUUGAAUUUAAUAAAAUGUGUUGGACUCUGUGUGCCAAGAAGAAUCUCCCAAAGAGCAAUUUGCUUCUCAAUGACGAUGAUGCUUUUAAAGUGUGGGUCAUCUUCAAUUUCCUAUCAGAGGACAAAUAUCCACUUGCUAUUUUACCUGAAGAGAUUGAAUACCUGCUUAAGAAGCUUGCAGAAGCUAUGGGAUCAGGGUGGCACCAAGAGCAGUUUGAAAAUUACAAGAUCAGCCUGGAUGCCAGUCGGGAAGGCCUUUCUGCCUGGGAAUUGAUUGAGCUCAUUGGAAGUGGUCGGUUUAGUAAAGGGAUGGAUAGACAAACAGUAUCUAUGGCAAUUAAUGAAGUCUUCAAUGAACUUAUAUUAGAUAUAUUGAAACAGGGCUAUAUGUGGAAAAAGGGCCACAGAAGGAAAAACUGGACAGAGCGUUGGUUUGUGCUAAAACCCAAAGUUAUUUCAUACUAUGUGAGUGAAGAUUUAAAGGACAAAAGAGGAGACAUUGUACUGGAUGACAGCUGUAGUGUAGAGGCCUUGCCUGACAAGGAUGGAAAGAAAUGUCUCUUCCUUAUAAAAAGUUUAGAUAAAUGUUUUGAGAUUAGUGCUUCUGAUAAGAAGAAAAAACAGGAGUGGAUUCAAGCCAUUCAGACAACUGUAAAUCUGCUAAGAUUAGGUAAACCUCCACUUCACAAAGAGGCUCGCCAGAAACGGAAAGCAUUGCGCCAGAAACUGCAGGCUGAGCAAGAGGAACUAGAGAGGCAAAUGAGAGAACUCCAAGUGGCAAAUGAAAACAAACAGAAAGAACUGGAAACUGUCAGAAAGCAACUUGAAGAAGCAGCAGCUCGAGCUUCAGAAGAGGAGAAGAAGCGUCUAAAGACUCAAAUGGAAUUGCAGGAUCGAUUCAGUCUUGAGCUGGAAAGAGAGAAAAUGGUAAGACAGAAAAUGGAGGAACAAGUUGCCCAGAAGUCAUCUGAGCUGGAACAGUAUUUACAGAGAGUCCGGGAACUUGAACAAAUGUAUAAUCAGCUACAAGAAGCUUUGGAGGAAGAGAAACAAGCACGUCAAGAUGAGGAGACUGUCAGGAGACUUCAAGCCAGACUGUUGGAGGAGGAAUCAGCCAAGAGAGCAGAAUUGGAGAAAUGGCACUUAGAACAGCAGCAGACUAUUCAGAUGACUGAAGCGGAGAAACAGGAACUGGAAAACCAGAGAAUGAUCAAGGAACAUGCUCUUCAAGUUGCUAUGCAACAGUUAGAACAACUGGAACUGGAAAGGAAACAAGCUCUCGAACAAUAUGAGGGAGUAAAAAAGAAGCUAGAGUUGGCGGCAAACAAUACCAAGAGCUGGAAAGAUAAAGUAGCUCAUCACGAGGGAUUAAUUCGAUUAAUUGAACCAGGUUCCAAGAAUCCUCACUUGAUCACAAACUGGGGCCCAGCAGCCUUCACUGAAGCAGAACUUGAGCAAAGAGAGAAGAGCUGGAAGGGGAAAAGGAGCUCUCCUGACCAAUGAAGAAGGCUGAAAUACUUUGUGAGGAAGACAAAGUAAUCUAAACCAGUUUUUUUUAAAUGCACAUUAGUUUAAUGGUUCUGUCAAGAAGACGGGAUCCAACUACAAAACAUAAGUUAAAUGUAAUAUUCCUGUUAUAAUGUUUGUAAUCUGUACAUUCAAAUAAUUGGACUGGCAGAAAACUGAAGUGUUGAUAGUGGCAGCUAUGGGCGAAUUUGGAUUUUCUGUUUCAGUCACCAAAUGUCGACGCAUGGGGCUGCCUUUCACUGAAUCCCACCAUUGGCCCGUCAAGGUCAGUAUCAUCUACACAGAUUGGCUGUGGCUCUCAGGUCAGGGUCUUUCAUAUCACCUACCACCUGAUCCGUUUAACUGGAAACUUGUAGUACUUUAACCAAGCAAUUUGCUUUAAAGCUCUCUGUGAUAAGAAAUAUAUAAAAUAUUGCUGUCACUUGCUGAGUAACUGCUCCUUGCUAACCUAGCACACAGGACUCCCUUACAGUAUGAAUAAUCUAGCUAAAUACUCACUAAAAUAUUUUGCAGAUAAAUGUCAACUAUUUUAGAUUCAUGACAUUUUGAUAUAGAGCAGUAUUUCUGAGUGCUAAGCCUUACAGCCCCAUCCAGAUCCCCAGGCGGCUUGGGACAUCACCACUGCUGCACUGCCACUCUACCACCAGAAGGCUUUUUGGUGGUGCAGGGAGGCAUAAAAAUCAAUACACACUAGGGAAAGCCCUUCAUAGAGCUUAAUAGAUUUACACCACCAAAAGAGUGGUAUAAGUCCAAGCCCCUAGUUCUGCCAUAACUGGCCACGAAUUUGGGAUAGAGGGUGACUAACUUUGGCUCCACCCUUGGGCACGCCCCUGCUAUGCUGUUGGGUUUGGUGGCAGUGCAGGAGCACUGACAUGGCACCCAGCACCACAUCCAGGCAUCCUGGAAGACCGUGGCAUCCAUCUGCUAACGUGUUUGCCCCUCUGCUGGGGAAAGUGCCCCUCGAAAGGUAAAUCUGCUGGUGUGGGCUUGUGCUGCUUCCACAGGUGGAUUCAGCCACCUCCCAAAUUUGGCCAUUAAUAUCACUGGUCUAAAACUUUACAGUCUUAAAAAACUGUCAUGAAGUUCUGGAAAUUGUAGAUGGAAUCAAGCCAUUGCUGCCAGUUGGUUUUCUUCUAGCAUUUCACAAGGGUAAGUACAAGACCGUCAUGCAAGUUGCCUCGAAAUUAAUAAGGGCUGUUCUGGCUGAAUUGUAACCCAUAAUUUUGGGCUUCUCAAAUAAGAAAAAAAUACAGAAAAUAGCACCAACUACAAGCAUAUCUUCCAUGCCAUUUUUUAAUACUAAUUUAAAAGUUUUUGUUAAAAUAUCAGUGGCUAGAAAAAUGAGCAUCUCAAUCUUGCAGUUAUUAAACUUUUCUUUUUAAAGUUAUGCAUAUACUCAUAUUUCUCACCUGACUUGAGCUAUCAAUACUACAUUGUUUUAUUUCAGUGGCAAAUAACAAGGAAAAAGAUGAGAUAUUUUAUGUCCAAACAUACCAGUCCAAUGUGUAGUGUUAAGCUGUAGGUUAAAUUUGUUUAAUAUUCUUGUUAACUACCACAGUAUUUUGGACCAAUAUAAACACAUGACUGUGAUGCACAUUUUCGUGUGUUCUGUUUUUAUUUUAUUAGAGUGUCUAUUAAUCAAUAAAAAAUAGUCUGUGA